UAUUUAAUUGUUUUUUUUUUAAAUUCCCAAUACAAAAUACAUUUUAAAAUAAUAAAUUAUGUAUUUUUCUUGUAAAGAGCCUUUAGAUUUAGAUUUGAAGAAAAUAGAAACAUGUGACAUCCGGGCAUUUCCUCCUCCGGUACGGUAGGUGGCGCUGGUACCGCUGGAUUUUACCACCGAUGCACUUCAAGGUUUUGAAGUAGGAGAGGAGGGAAACGAGGAAGAGGAGUAGCGAAGAGAACAGAGGGGAAACAGUCGCGUAGAUUCUGUGAAUUUGGGGACUAGAGAGUACUCAGUUUAUUCUGUGUUCGUCCCGGGAUGCAGCGCGCUGUUAGCGUGGAAGUGAAGCAGCUGAUCCAAACCCUCCGCAGACUCUUAGCGACUUCCGGCCUGGACGAUGUUCCCACUGCCGAGGCGUUCAGACAGGCCAAAUUUGGAGGACGACUUGAAGAGGACCAGUUUUGGAAGCUUGUGGAAAACCUGCUUCGAGUAACUGGAGCUGUUUCCUCUACAGUCGAAGUUCAGCUGAAGGCAGAGCGCAGAAAGCUGGUAACUGCUGGUUUGUGGCAGACUGGAUACCACGCUCACUGGAUGCUUCAGAAUGAGGCAGAAGGAGGACGCUUCUCCUGUAGAGACCUCCUCUUGGCACUGGGCUGGCUCCUAGCGACAGGAACUCUUGAGAAACUGUUAGUCCAUCAAGUUCAACAGCUUGACAAGAUGCUGCUGACACCAGUUUUUGUGAAGUCUGAGCUUUGCUCCGAGCUUCACUUUGAUGCUGCGUCCCUGAGAAGACUUCAGUGGCUCUUUGGGAGUUUAAGACACCAAAGACGGAGUCUGCUGUCUUUGAUCAACGUGCGGACUGGAGCACUUUACAAGGUUCUUUCUGCCAGUGUCUCCUCAUCUUCUCCUGGCCAAAGUUGUCCUGAAGUGCUGCAAAAGGACUCUGUUGGUUUGCAGAAACUCUGUGAUCUUCUAGAUUUAUAUGUGAAGUGGAAAGAAGCAGAGAGAGUCUUCUGGAUUUGGAUGGAUAGUGUGGUGAUGUGUCAUCUGAGAGAGUCUCAUGCCGAGCAGUCUUCACAAACCUCCAGUAGGAGCAUGGCGGCUUGUUGCCAUGGAAACCAGGCCUUGGAGAGACUGGAGGAUUUGCUUUUGAGGUUUUCCACGGAGCAGGAUUCACAGAACCACCGUGUGGAGCAUAAGAAAGGAGGCGGGGCACAGCAGAGGAGGGAAGCAUCCUCGUCUUCCUCUCAGCCUUUGCUCUCCUCGCCCGUCAUCCCUGCUGUCUGUUUGGUCAAGCUGCAGACUGACAGAGCGGCCAAGCAGAGCAGCCGCACAGCAGAGGGUCGGCACGAGCUCCCAGCAUGCCGAGCUGCAGAGCUACUGCAGAGCACUGAGGAGCAGCUGCUGCAGCGCAGGCACAGGCAGAGGCUGGCCAACAGGAUGCAGCUGCAGGACCUGACAGGAAGGCUGGACGAGCUGGUUAUGAUACCACUGUGAACUUCAUUUUGUACUUUUUCUCUGCUUGAUGUGAAUAACGAUAAAUAUUUAUGUGAAACUUGA